CACACGUCGGAGCCAUUGCUUCGCAUCACAACAGCAUCGCAAUUAACCAGAGCUUCUCUUCUCUUCACCACCGCUCAUACUGAAAAAGAUGUCUUGCUCCAGCAAACGGAAAGCGUCCGAGGCGCUGCCAGAAUACGUCACAGAAUCAGAGCUGUACAUCAAGCGAUACUGCCAUGACUUGUCCGCCGGGUACCCAAGCGAAUCGCGUUGGAGUUCCUCGCAAAGUUCACAAGAAAGUACAACCGACGUCAGCUAUGGCGAUCGAUUCGCACAUUCGUUCAGCACAUCCAAAGCUUCCACGGAAUUAACAACGCCGUCCGAGUCGUCCCACCGACGAUCGUCAUGCACAUGGGGCCGUGAAGAAGAACUACGGUCCGCGUUGGAGGCAGCUCUCAUCGCCGACUUUGGCCCAAGUCCUCAGGGCCUCCCACCGACAGAGCAGCAAGAAGAAGACGAAUUCUGGGAGGGUCGCGGCGUGACCACUGUCUGGUGGCAAGCAGACUCAGGCUUCUGGUACAAGAAGCCGGAGGUGACCCUCGAGUUCAACACUGUUGACUGGAGCGGCGCACGCCGUCCAGAUGGUGGGAGCGGCGGAGUCUGGCGUUCGGAGCGUCUCGAGAUUGCUCCGUGUGAGCGCCGAACCCGCAUCAAGCUCCAUCGGCGAAAGUGCAGCUGAACGACUGGGCAGGAAACAUCGCGCGCGCGCGUGUGUUCCAAAGACCCAGUGUCACAAGAU